AUGAGUCGACACGAGGGCCGAAUGUGCUUGGUGACGGUUGGUGCAACCGCAGGAUUUCCCCAGCUGCUCGCCGAAGUCAUCAAGCCCGAGUUUCUGCAGUGCCUCGCGAGCUACAGAUUCAAAAGACUUGAGGUCCAGUGCGGCCCCGAUUACGAUUGGUUUGCCGCGCAGGUUGAGGCGUUGUCCGACAACUACGGCAUCGACAUUCGCUGCUUCACGUAUACCAAGAAUAUGAGCCUCUGCUACGUUCGGUGCCGUGGUGAAGCUGGUGUCCGACUGGCCGGCUGCGUCAUUACCCACGCGGGCUCGGGCACGAUUCUCGAGGUCAAACGGACCCAGGCACCGCUCAUUGCGGUGCCCAACCCUACUCUCAUGGACAACCACCAAGAUGAGCUGGCCGAUGUGAUAGAACCUCAGGGUUGGGGAAUCUGGGGAAACCUUGGACAAUUAACCAACGCCCUGGCGCGCUCUCAAGAGCUCGUUGCCCAAGGUCGGCUCAACGACCUACCGCCGUACUCGGCCCGGAGCUUCCUGGUGCCCGAGUCGGAGCGCGUGACCCUAUUCGAUUGGAUGGUGCUAACGUGCUAUCCAGAGGUGCUGAGACAGCAGCAACAUCUACAUGACCUCGAUGAGGUCAUGACCCAUUAUGAGCAGAAAAAUGAGGGGAGGGGUGAAAAUUUGGAGGACCUGACUCGGCUUGCGGUCGACUAG